AUGGGGCAAGCCUACUACUACCACCAACGGCUCGUCCUCCUCGCCGUCGUGGCGUUGCUGUCUGCUGGCCUCUUCCCGCAGGCGUUAGGGAAGGGCAAGGGUAAGGCGCAUGGCGGUGCUGUCAACCCGGUGGUUGCCGGCAUCUGCUCUCGCACCCCAUUCCCAGAGGUUUGCAAGUCCACUGCCGGGCGGCAUGCGUCCAAGUUCCCGGUCAUCGACAACUUGGCCGUGCUCAACAUGCAGGUGGACGCGUUCUCCAAGCGCACUGCGCAGGCGCGGAAGCACGUCGCAAAGUCGGCCCGCACUAUUCCACCGGCGCAGGCGCAGGCCCUUACAUUCUGCGACACAAUGUACAUGAACACACAGGACACCAUCGGUGCGGCGCAGAGGGCCAUCACGUUCAAGGACACGAGCACCGCGAAAAUCAUGCUGCAGCUCGCCGUUCAGGACUUCGACUCGUGUGACCGUCCGUUCACCCAGGCUGGUAUCCUCAACCCCAUGGGGAAGUUCGAUAAGGAGCUCAACCAGAUGGCCAACAACUGCAUGGCGCUUGCAAACAUGAUUUGA